AUGCUUCAAAAGCGGCUCGAUUCGCAGAUCGUUCGAGAAAGGAAAACGGCCCCGCCCCGCCUCUCUCCUCCGGUAAACCCCACCGUCGCCCUCACCCCGUGCAUCGAUGCUAAACGCGCGCGAGCAAAGGGAGGUUCCCCGCGGAAAUCGAUCGCGGUCGAUACGGCCCCCCUCCCCCCUCACACGACCGAGUCUCGGGGCGACGAAAAGCCCCAGCGGAGCGAAAGGCGAGGAGGCCGCUUCCCGCUUCCAAGCCGAAUCAUGAAGGCCUACGAGAGCGCCCCGAAAUUCGCGAACGGGGCGAGGAUCGGUGGCAUCAUCGGGAUCGUCCUCAGAUGGAAGAUGAGCAUCUACAAGCUGAUCUGGUUCGAACUCUUCUUCUGGCUCGUCUUCUUUUACGGCUUCAACAUGCUCUACACCUACGGACUGGAUCCGGGUCAGAAGAAGUCCUUCGAGACGGUGGUGACGUACUGCCGCGACUUCAACAAGACGAUCCCGCUGCUCUUCGUGCUGGGUUUCUACGUCACGACGGUGUUCACGCGGUGGUGGGGGAUGUGGAACUCCCUGCCCUGGCCGGACGAAUUCAUCCAUUACCUCACGCUGUAUCUCCACGGAAAGGCUGAUCCUGUUAAUCCUGUUAAUCCUGUUCCGGGAAACUCCUCCGAGACGGACGAACGGAUUAUCACGAGCGAGGUGUCAAUCGAAAGCUUAGGACCUGGAGGCGAUACUCGUUGGGUGAAAAGUCCGAAAAGGUCGCUGCGGACGUUAUUGCCAUGCGUCCUCCUGUCUGUCUCCGCGUCGGAGGAAUGCACGGGUCGACUCAUCCGAGUUGAAACUCGAUCGGUCCGAUUCGAUUCGUGGCCCGCACCUGACGCAGAACUCGGUCACCGACGGAGCUUUUCUGAUCGGAGCCGUGGAUCGUGUGGGGCCGAUAUGGCCGUCUCUGAUGAUGUAUUUGCCCCAAGGGUGGGACCGUAG